GUUUGUUUGUUUGUUUGUUUGUUUCUAUGCAAGUCAGCUAUCAACUCUGAACAGCUUCCCUAUUCCUACUGAAGAAAAGCUUUUCCCACAACAUGAUGCUGCCACCAUCAUGGUUCACUGUGGGGAUGUGUUUUCAUGUGGUUGAGCAAAAUUAGAGGUUUGUAGGUUUGCAGUUUAACAGAGGAAAGUCUGGAUGUUUCUCUAAUUAAGCCGCUGAUGUUCUAAAAAAAACAAUUUAUGCUGAGAUUAAAUUACUCUAAGGUGGACUUUUUAUAAAUUAGGUGUUUCUAGAAGACGGUUGGUAGAAUAGGAUGAUUAAAUUCAAGCACACCGAAAAUGUUGUAAAUAAGGCGAUAUUUAAGUUUGCAGUUGUAAAAUUAAACGUUCCAUGGAUUUGAAAACUGUAACUGAAAUUAAUGUCAGGCAUGUAAGGCUAUUAUAAGAUUUGUUGCUACUAGUAAGUUAAUCUUCUUUCUCCAUUCUUAAUACGCUGUUCUGAAAUGCAGUUAAGUUUAUCUUUAAAAUCAAAAAGACAGUUUGUCAGUUUGUAAAAUAUUACACAAAAGUACAUGCCUACAAAUCUUUUGUGUCAAUUACAAGGCUUGUAUUUUCAAAUGUGACUCCGAAUUAUAACAGAAACAAUAUAAUCAGCAGAAAAUUAUUCAAUUAAAAUUAUUAUGACCACAUUUCACUUUGCUCCUACGUUCUUAUAAUGUUCUUUGAGUUUACUUAAUGCAGAAGAUAUUUUAUUUAUUUACUUCUUUUUUUUUUUUACAUAACUCAGCAAUCCAUGUUCAUGUUGGAAGAAUGCUGCAGUGCAUGGAAUAGGACAAAUUAAUGGAAAAUUUCAUAUAUAUAAGAGCUGGCCUUUUAGUAUUUUUUUGUUAUUUUUAUUAAUUCUCUAUGCUAUGACAGACAUAUGUCUGUAUUUUAAUAUAUGUUUCAAGGAGUAAGGUUUUGUGGUUUUGUGACUAGAUACAAUCUAUGUAGUGAAAAUAUGUGGUAAAUAGCUCUUUCAUUCAUAAAUGUUACAAAAUAGUGCGCCUAUACCUAGUGGACCAAUGUUCAAGAUCAUAUCAUUUAUGUUGGUUAUAGGUUUAAAUGGAGAUAAAAAAUGUUGAAACAAAAAUAUAUAUUAAUGAAUGUCACACUAGAUGUUUGUGUAUGCAAAUUGAUCACUUAAGUAAAAUGUGCUAUCUUAUUAUCCAUGAAAUAUGGCUUUUCUCCACAGACAGAGCCAUGUCGGCGGCGCUGGCUGCCGGCGGAGCGGGUAAAAGGAAGAGUCGUUUCAGCGGGGCGGAGCUGGAGGUCCUGGUGUCAGAAGUCACCCGGUGCGAGGGCGAACUCUUCGGUCCCGCCGGGAGACUCCGGCGGAGAGAGAGGGAGCGCAUAUGGGCGGGGAUCCUGGAGAGGGUCAACGCCGUGUCCCGAGUGCCACGCACGCUUCGAGAAGUUAAGAAGCGCUGGGACGACCUGAAGCGGCGCAACGGAGGCAGGCUGGCGGACGCCCGCCACCGCAGCUGCUACCUGCCGUCCAGCAGGGGGGCGUCGAUGCUCGGGCGCUCCUCACAGCCGAGUCCGAGGCUCCAGCAGCAGAGGCAGAAGCAAAGCAGCAGACCAAAACCUAUUUUCCCCUGCUUCCCUGACUCUGACCCAGGUGUAGGGGUGGACGGAUCAGACAGGGAUGCUUUGGAGAAAGAGGAGGACAUUUCUGAGCGUGAGCGAGACAUGGGGGAGCCUGAGUGUGAGGCGGUGGAAAACAGCAUAGAUGACAAACUGGGAUUGGGUCUGGGUCUGGGAAUCGGACCCCCACCUACGUCGGAACGAUGGCUGCCGCCUUCUCCUCUCUACAGCGCUCCUUUCUUGAACGGCAGCCCCCAGCCCAGCAGCCCCCAGCCGUCACUUGGGACGCAGCAGGGUCCCCUCGAAGCCCCGCCCCGCAGCUCGUGGCUCGAAGAUGAGCUCCGAGGCUUAGGGGAGGCUGCGAUUCAGCUGGGAAAUCGGGUGGAGAAGAGCCUGCGGGAGUUCGGGGAAAGCUUCAGACAGGACAUGAGAACCCUCGUCGCUUCACAAGAGGCUCUAGCAGUCAGUCUGCAGCAAAACAAUGUCCUCUUGCAAAGGCUUCUGGGAGUGCUGGAAGCCCAGCAGCAACCGCAGCCCCAGCAGCAUCGUGGACAACAAGCGCACCCCUCACAAACGCCUCAGCAGCAGCAGCAGCACUUACAGCCACAGCAGCUACAGCACAUAGAGCAACAGCAUCUGCAGCAGACGCAGCAGCAGCAUCAAAUGCACCUACAACAGCAGCCGCAGGUAACCCAGCACUCUAAUAAUCAGCCGGCGGUAGCAUCGGCACCGUCAUCCCCAGAAAUACACGGCACUUUUCCCCCGGAACCCGCCGCAGACACGAGCGGAAACCUGCACCGGCCGCGGCGAGGGAGAGCUCUCGAGCACAGGCGCAGGAGACGGCGCUGAGAAUGUAUUUUUAGAAAAAAGAAAAAAAAACUGUCAAUGUUUGAAAAUGUGAUGCUCUUUUUACUUGCAGUAUUUCUGUAAAAAAUUACUAGUUAUAUACCCUGUUUUUCAUCUCACUCCAUAUCCGUAAGCCAUUGUGUACUUAGGUCUGUUUUACAGAAAGGACUGGAGCAGUUUGUUGAAGUAGACUCAAGUUAAUAGGGUGGCCUUUACAUUACCCUCGGUACCACAAAAACGUGUGCAUAAAUCUGUGGUCAGAAAAUAUUUAAACAACAAAGUGAAGAAUUCACUUUACAAACUUUUCCAAGAGGGGGAAAAAAACAGGCUUACUAUAGUCUCUGAUGCUCAGUUCGCAUGUUUCUCUGCAAAGUUCGGUGAUGCUCUUAAAGAUUCAAUCCUGACUCGGUUUUCCUGACUGACUACAUCAUCAUAAAGUACUUGUGAUCUGCACUUGUUUCCAUAAAUUGUAGUUUUGCAGCUGUUGUAAGUACCUUCUAAUGUAUGCUUGUGCUUUUUUGGAUUUUCUGCUCCCUCACUGAAAGGAAACAAAGUUAUGGAAAACGAGAAAAUCACAUUGAACCAGAAUGGUGGCACUUCUAUUCAGGGCAUUCGGUCGCCACUAGGCAUGGGCCGGAAUGAGACACUCGUUUCAUGAUGAGCUUCAGUGAAAAUUACCAAGUUUCACAGUAAUAACAUGAAAAUUUAAAGGAGACAUAUGAAACCUAGUUCAAUUGCUUUUAGUUAAAAAAGCUGUCAGCUGAAGUUUCACCUUAAGAACAACAAAUAGCACUUUUUAUUUAGUUUCCACACCAUGACAAUCCAUGUUUUUUUUUGUAACCAAAAAUAUUUUCCAACAUGCAAGUUUCUUUGUUAUAAACGAGGAAGACGUUAAGGACUUUUCUUUAGGUGGUGACAGGCCUACGUUUGUAUAGCACUUUAUCAAGUCUGAGGGCUCCGAAGCGCUUUACGCUAGAAUCCAUUUUUCACACAAUGAUGGCACCACUGUCGGCAGCCACGCCAGGUGAAAUGUGCUGCAGAAGGACUCGACGACUGAGACGGACAGGGCGUCAACCCACCGGGUACGGGACGGACUUCCACCCCUGAGCCACUGUUGUCUUUCUUUAAGCUUACAGCAAUAGGUCGGGGAGGGGAGGCUCCCUUUUGCCUGAUCAGUACUUUUUCUGGCACUGUGUGUUAAAGGGUUUUCGAAACUAACUUUUUUAAAACCCCGGUUCACUUGACAGCAGAAUCAGGGCCUCUACCAACUAGUAGAGGUAAACUAUGAUUUAUUUAUAAUGAUUGUUUAUAUCAGUAUUUGUCUUAAAACUUUUUUUUUUUACAAAAGUUUCCAAAUUUUUAUAAUAUUUCUUAAAAGGUACAUUGUUUUUUUUUUUCGUUGUGUCAGAAAAAAAGUGUAGAAGUCAGCAGAUAGGCAGUGUGCAGCAGGAAGUUAAAGAAGUGCCGAACCGCCAUUACAGCUGGGAAAAAACUUAAAUGUGAUACUUUCUUUGGUAUGUUGUGUUUUUUUUGUUUUUUUCUUUUUGAUGAUACUACUAACUGGCCCAUGCCUAGUCACCACAUGCUUGUUCUGUUUCAAUAGUUUUCAUUAUACUUUUCCAGGUUUUGUCUGGACAACAUUAAGCUGUGUUCUGAAGGUGCAUUUUGAGAUAAAAUUGUUAUAUUUUAAAGCCUUUUUGAAUAUAUUAUAUAUAUAUAUAUGUAUAUAUAUAGCUACAUAUAUAUGGGGGAAAAAAACAGGUAAGCAUCACAGUAUGAUUCAGACUUCAGCUCGUGUUUAUGAUGGACUUUUAAAGCAUUCAUUAGUAUCUUGCAGCUAUUGAUAAUCUUGCAUGCAGUAUCAUGGACGUGUUUGUAAAUAGUUACAUAGGAGCAUUAAAUGACCAUCUAUGUAGUUUUGCACAAGUUAUAUUUUGUAGAUAGAUGCCGUCAGAUGAAAUGUAACUAAACUUAAUAAAAUACAACUAUGAGCUGCAGAAAAACAA